CAGUACAUUACACGUCGGCUGCACGCUAGCCGCCGUUGCAGCGCGGCCCUGUCGCUGGCAGCUGCGCGGCACAGCACGCACAUCAUGGCUGGGUAUAUGUGGGCUGCAGCUUCAGCUCUCACUCAACCUCUUGUCUUUCCAUUUCCUUGUCUGCGACGUUGCUCGGCCCGCCAUGGCGAGUUCCAUGAUACCCAUUCUCCUGUUUCUGUCUGCUUUCCAUGUCCUCCUCUGCCGGUCAGAACUGAGCAACACCGACUUUUUCCUGUUUCCCUUACGAUCUGAUGAAGUCCCUAUCGUCCAUAGUGGCGACAUUGUCAAUGUGACAUGGCUUUCUCAAUAUGACCGAAUUAAUCUGUACCUAGGCUGCGCGGAUGGUCAAGCCGACAGUUACGAAGACCAACCAGGCAGCGGAAACAUUGUUCUGACAGUGAAUUCUACCUGGACUUCUCCAUGCCACUGGCAACUUGUCAAGAGAGGCGACGAAAAACACUACUUCGACAGCGGCCAAAUCGACGUUACCAACGCCAAAGCUACACCCGCCGUGACCUGGAUCCCUUCGUCGUUGGCCACGCCAUCAUGUGGUGUCCAAACCAUUUCAGCUUCUGGCCAAUCUACCGGCGCUUCCUCGCCCGUUGCCAUCGCGACCGUUACAGCAACUUCGGGCUGUAGCAAUAGCACUUCCAACAAUGACAACAGCCACGAGAUGGGAACCGGCGCAAGCAUCGGAGUUGGCAUAGUUGCUGGAGUAGCCGCUGGCGCAUUGGUGGGUACACUUACACUCAUGAUGCACAGGCGGCUACAUAAGAAACGCCAAGAGAAGGCGUCUAUCCCUACAGGCGGUGUUUAUUAUCCAGCAGUUGCUGGGGCUUAUUAUCCCCAGCAGUAUUAUCCCCAACAGUUUAAUCCCCAGCCUUAUAAUCCUAAAUACAAUAUCCCAGAGCUGCACUCUCAGCCAGUGCAAUAGGGAUUUAGUUUAAAAAAAUUAGACUUUACUACGCAAAUAAUUGGAC